AUGUCAACUACCAUAGUCCCGGGGCACCCUUUGCCUCUCACAGCCCAUUCCCACCCUAAUAACCCCAUUCCCGAAGAGCCUCUGGAUACGAGGAAACUUUCAAUCUCCGCCUCGCAGCUUUCGCCCUCUCUGACCUCCAAUGGCCCCUCGAGUUCCUACUCCGACAGUGCCUCGAGCAUAAGCACCGAACCCACGACCCCGACGACCGACAACCUUUCAGACGUCCCCUUCGAGGAUUUGAACGGCCAGCCACCUCAAAGUCCACAGGGCAGGAAGAGACGGGCGUCGACGUUGUUGGUCUCUCAAGAUUCGGAAGAUGCAAGACGAUUUUUGGGUGAGCGCGGCGCUUCGACUGCCCUGAUCCAGAAAGCCUGCUGUGGUGGAGGAUGUUGCAUGCUCCAAGAGCUCAAGACAAAGAAGCCUCGUCCGGGUCAUAGACCACUCAAAGCCCCUCAGAGUCCGGCCUUCCAAAGCUUGCAAAUCAACUUGGGCCAUCUGAGUCUGGACAGCGAGCUCUCAGGCGUCGUCGAGGUACCGCCGAAGACAGUGUCGUUCGAAUCCUUGUCAACUUCGCCCGCACGUACCUAUGCAGAGCCCCAUAGCCAAAAGCCGGAAGUCCUAAAACACCCACCCACUUUCGUCACCCCGCACCCUCCCUACGAGGUAUUUUCAGCACCUCUAUUCCACGCCCGCGAGUUGACGAAGCCUGGGGCGGAGAAAAGAACAUACCACUUCGACAUUGAUGUGACUGACUACCCCAGGGAGAGCGGAGAUGUUGACUUUGUCGUAGGAGGCGCUAUUGGCGUGUGCGCCGCCAAUCCACCUGACAUGGUCAAUCAGAUCUUAGAUCUGUUAGGCGUGCCAAGCUUUGUGCGCGAUAAGCCGAUACUACUCAAGACAACCACUGGAAGAUGGCCAACGAUCUGGGGAGAAGAGAAGGCUCGGGAACUUGUCACCACGCGAAGGGAGCUACUGACCUGGUGUUCAGACAUUCAGAGCUAUCCGCCAACCAAACAGCUCUUCCGGCUCUUGGCUGAGCAUGCAGAAGACGAAAACGAAAAGACGAUUCUGAUGUACCUGUCUUCAGCACAAGGCCAGGCAGCGUUCUGCGACCUCCGAACGGGACCAUACAUCACUCUUCCGCAACUCCUCAGCGCUUUUCCCUCUUCCAGACCUCCUCUCGACCAUCUGCUCUCUGUCCUCAAUCAACUCAUGCCUCGAUUUUACUCCCUGUCUCAGGAUCCGACCAUCUCGCGUCAGCGGGACGGCACACAAUGCCGGCGACUAAUCGAAAUUGCGGUCACGGUCCAUGAAGCAGAUGACUACGCCACGGGCAAGCGGACAGGCGUGGGAUCGGGAUUUUUGGAGCGACUAGCAAAGCAGGUCAUCCAGGCAGAGCAGGAAGGGAAGAACCCUCGCGACUUGGAUCUCAGGGUCCCCAUGUUUCGAGGCCUCAUGGCCAACCCGCUGGCUCGUGAAUUUGUCACCGACGGACCUAUGCUUCUCAUUGGAGCCGGUGUCGGCAUCGCUCCAUUCCGGGGAUUCGUCCAUCGUCGACUGAAGUCGGCCAACUGCGCCAAUAAAGUCUGGGUGCUCCAGGGGGUGCGGGAUAGUCUUGUGGACGAGCUCUACUCCGGUGACUGGGGCGUUCACGAAGACAAAGUGAAGAAAGUUGUCCAAUCUCGACGGGGACAAGGUCGUUACGUCCAGGAAGAAGUCCGUGCCCAAGCAGACUUGGUCUGGUUUAUCAUCAACGCCGUGGACGGGAGGAUCUUUGUCUGUGGCAGUUCCAAGGGUAUGGGUGAAGGUGUCGAGGCCGCGCUGAUUGAUGUGGCAAUGGCCAAGGGCAAGUUGAAUCGCGAGGAGGCACAGAGCUUCUGGGAUGAGAAAAAGAGCUCGGGUCAAUAUAUCGCAGAGACCUGGUGA